AUGGUAUCAUAUGAACUGAAGAAUUCCACGGCGGGCGAGGCACAUCGCGGCCUGUCUGUCCAGGAGCGUGAUAAUGUUGACCUUCAACGGAUGGGGAAAAAGCCAGUCCUCAAGCGAAACUUCGGUAUUCUCUCCAUUCUCGGCUUUAGUUGCGCGAUUCUGAGUACCUGGGAAGGCAUGCUUGGUACCUUCAGUAGCUCUCUGGAGAAUGGCGGCUUUGGCGGUACUGUCUAUGCCUUCAUCUUUGGAUGGGCAGGCACUACGUCCAUUUUCGUGGUCUUGUCAGAACUGGCAUCUAUGGCGCCCACUUCCGGAGGUCAGUAUCACUGGGCUGCCAUGCUUGCUCCGAUCAAAUACCAGAAAUUUCUCAGCUAUAUCACGGGUUGGUUUGCUGUCCUUGGCUGGCAGACUGCUUUCGCUGCGUCUGGCUACUUGGCCGGAACAAUGAUCCAAGGUGCUGCGAUCCUGGGAAACAGCCACUAUAAAUCUCUUCCCUGGCAAGGGACGUUGAUUGUCUGGGCUUUGUUGAUUGUAGCACUCCUUGUGAACCUGGUUGGAGGAAAACUUCUGCCCCGAGUUGAGGCGGUCAUUUUGGUGAUCCACAUACUUGGAUUUUUCGGCGUCAUGAUACCCUUGACAUACAUGGCAGACCGUCAGCCAGCGAAGGAAGUUUUUUUGGAGUUCGAGAAUGGUGGGGGUUUUGCCACACAGCCAUUAUCCUGGUUCGUCGGGAUGACUAGCUGUGCUUUCGCCUUCGCUGGAGGCGAUGCCGCCGUGCACAUGUCUGAGGAGGUUGCAGAUGCAUCGCGUGUUAUUCCUAAGGCUAUUAUGCUUAGUGUCGCAAUUAAUGGCUCCCUGGGCUUCAGCAUGCUGAUCGCUGUGCUCUUCUGCGUUGGCAAUCUCAAGGACGCGUUAAACUCCCCCACUGGGUAUCCGUUCAUGGAGAUCUUCUAUCAAGCAACCAACUCUCCGUCUGGUGCACUGGCCAUGUGUUCUAUCGUUCUUAUUAUUUACUGCUGCGCGCUUAUGGGCAUGCUGGCCGCGGCGUCUCGCCAACUUUGGUCUUUCUCCCGAGACAGGGGAGUUCCUGGGUGGCGAUGGUGGAGUCAGGUUUCCCUAUCCCGGCAGAUGCCAGUCAACUCCAUCCUACUUACUGUAGUCGUCAGUGCGCUGCUAAACCUUAUUAACAUUGGUUCUGCCGUUGCCCUGAGCGACAUUCUGUCCAUGGCAGUGUCUGGUGUGUACCUUUCCUAUCUCGUGGUUUCGAUUCUGCUCUUCCGCCGCCGAAUCAAGGGCGAAAUUUCUCGGUAUAACGGCAGCGAGGACGAUGUCGUCAACGUGCCCGGUGCGAAGCUUGUCUGGGGGCCAUUCCAUUGCCCUGGCAUCUGGGGUAUCUUGAUCAACGCAUACGCGAUCAUUUAUAUCACCAUUGUUAUCUUUUUCAGCUACUGGCCUGCAGGAAUGAAUCCAAGUGUGGAGGAAAUGAACUGGAGUGUUCUAGGUAUUGGUGGCAGUAGCAUUCUUGCCAUUGUAUACUACUUUAUCCGUGCCCGUCGCAUCUACACGGGCCCUAUUGUGGAAGUCUCUAUUUAG